UUCUGCUUUUGUCAAUGUCCUCAAUAUAUGUUUGCUAUUGUUGAUUUUUUAGUAGUGGUAAUAGCAUGAUUGUGUCUGCUUUUCCCUUUGAUUUUUUUUAGGGUUGUUAUGAUUAUUAAUUAUAAUGGUUGUUAUUUUUUUACUGUUUAAAUUUUUGUUUUUAAUGAUUGCAUGUUCCAUUUGAUCCACUCUAUGAUAAUCCGACAAUUUGAUUGAUGAUUCAUUGAUUAACUUCACUAUGUUUAAUUUAUGAGGCUUCUAGCAGUUUCCUUUUGGGACAUAUACACUAUGCUCUGCACUUUCUGUUGGGAUUUAAUUGCAGAUUAUGCCUAUAUUUACAUGUCUUUUCUGUAUAUUUUGCUUGAUUGAUGAUUGCAGAAUUCAAGCUAUCGUGUUCGUGGCGCAGUUUUUAUUUUCUCCCGUAUUAAGAAACGUGCUUAUCUUUCAGUGGUUUCCUUCUAAAGGGAUGGAAUCGAAACAAGGUCCGCCCAGUGUCAUUGCAAGCUUGAUGGGUCUUGAUGAAUUGUCACCACAGAAGCCUGUCUGCAAACCUCACCGAGUGCUCUCUGAAAAUUAUCUCCGGAAAACUGCUUCCAUCGGUUUACUAGAGAAGCGAUCUUACCAUGAAAGACGUUCAUUUAGGGUCACUUAUGAAGAACAAGAAGAAUUGAUGGAUGCGUUUGAAGUUCGAAAUAUACCAACGAUGGAUAAACACUAUAUCCAAUCAAUCCAAGAAGUGCGAGCAAACACAACCAUGACUGAAGUGAAGAAGUCAUUUGUAAGGCAGAAAUCAGAAACAACUGCACGCCGGAAUAUUUUGAGAUCACUUCAGAAAUUUGAGAAUGGUUUUUUAACGGAUUCCUGUGGUGACCUUGUUAUUGAUUAUACCUCCCAGUUGUUAAAUCCUCAAAUGGAGUUAAAGAAUGAGACAUGUUUUUCCCCUUCAAAGACUACAAAGGAUGGCACACAUCAUUCGCCUUCAAGGAUUGUUGUUCUAAAACCAAAUCUCGGAAAGUCACAGUAUGCUGCGAAGUCUUCAUUUUCGCCUAUUUCUGUGGAUUGUUCUCAGUCAAGUGAUAGAAAUCAUGUGGAGUUUUCUAAGCUUAAAAAUGGAGAAUUGAAUAAUCAAGUAGUAGAAAGGAAAAUUUUGGCCAAUGACAUGGAAACUUCUAGGCAUGCUUCUAGAGUAUCUAGGAAGUUUGCGAAGGGCAUUUCCAGACACAUAACACAUAGCAUUAGCAGCAGUUUGAGAGAGGUAUCAAUAACUGAAACGAGAGUUGAUAAGACCUUCGUGAAUGAAUCUGAGGUAAAGAUGCCUUCUUGCUCGAGUUUCUUUGACUGGAAGAACCAAUGCGAAACAACAAAUUCUCCUUUGAAUAGGUCAUCGAACGCCAACCAAGCCAAGAAACAACUCUCACGAAGGUGGAAAAUAACCAAAAGUCAUGAAGAAGUAGGAGUAGCUAGUAGGGGCACCACCCUUGGUGAAAUGCUUGCUAUGCCUGAUCAAGAAACCAUGCCUGAAAAUUUCGACUGUAAGCUUGAUAAAAGUGGCCUGAAUAAUCAAUUGAGUCUGAAUGAUCGAGAUACAGACUUGGACAGUCCUUUUGGUAUUAGCAGCAGGGAUGGUUGGAAGGAGGAGUACGCUAGAAGCUUAACAAGAUCGGGAUCCAUUCCUGGUGCUUCUAUCACCAUUGAAAAUCAUGAAUCUAGGACCAGAAAUAAGGCUGCUCACAGUGAUAUCUGCUUGAAUUUAGAUGAAUCUGUUACUGAGGGAAAUACUGAAUCAACGAAUCAGUUCUGGUCCUGGAAGGAAAGUUCAGAAGCCAGAGUGUCGAGACAUGGUGAUGAGAAAUGCCAGACUUCUUGUAUGGAUUCAGUGGAUAAUCAUUUCAUACGAGAAACUUGUGUUGUUCUGGAAGACCUGGAAAACAAAAUUGAGAAGGAAGAUUUCUCUGAAGAAAGUUCUGCGGAAUAUGAUCAAAAAGUACGAGGAACCCAGAUGGUUCAGGAUCGGUUAAAAAUUCCUAAAUCAUCAAGUAGCAGUGUUGACUCAUCGAGAAUAUAUUCAGAAGUAGUGGUAGUUGCAGAAACUGAGAAUGCGGGACUGUCUUCUGGAACCCGGGAGAAGGAGCAGUCUGAACCAGUGGUCUGCAUCUUGUUUGGGAAAGAUGGACAUUCUUCUCAUGAUUUUGACACUUCUGUUGGACAGGAAUCAUUAACUACAUCCCAAGCAGAAGUGUUGAUUUGCUCGAGCAGCCCUAGAAAUGACCCAGAAUCUCCCAUGAGCUUCUGGGAAGGACGUUCUCCUAGUCCAAAUUCAGUUCUGGAACCACCUUUGAGUGAAGAAAUUUUAUCUGGCUCUGAAUGCUUUCAGGGUGUUGGUGCAGACUUUCAUGAUUUUUGGAUGCAACUUCAACUUUUGAAAUCAGAGUCGGAAGAAACAAAUUCAGAGGGACCUGGAAUGGUUGUGUCAAGUGAUGAAGACGGUGGGGAUGGAUCUGUCGAUCUUUCUGAAGAAAACAGAAAAUUAGUGGGAUUGUUCAGAGUUGAAGAGAGUAGGGAUUUCUCUUACCUCGUUGAUGUUCUGGACAAGGCAGGCAUUCAUGGUAGUAUCAUGCAAUUUGACUUUAAAAAAUGGUACUCUCCCGAAUACCCAAUGAGCCCUUUGGUGUUUGAGAUGCUAGAGAAGAAAUAUGGUGACCAAACAUCUUGGGAGAAGUCAGAACGGAGGCUUCUGUUUGACCGUGUAAACUUGGGGUUGAAGCAGAUUCUCAUGCCAUUCAUGGAUGUGCUCACAUGGGACAAACCCUUGAGAAAAAUGUUUAACCUCUCUCAAAGCCGUGAGGUGAUUGAGGAAGAGCUAUGGAGGUUUCUGGGUAGCCAGGAAAAGGAAGCGAGCAAGGAUUUGUCAGAGAAAGCGCUAGGAACAGAAGUUAGGUGGUUUGAGUUGCGGGAUGAUAUUGAUUCCAUUGUCAGCGAAAUAGAGAGAUUUUUGUUUGUUGAGUUGGUAGCGGAGUUGGGGAGCAUUGACAGUUUUUAGUCAAGGUGUUUAUAGUUUUUGGGCAUGCUAGGUGGUUUGAGUUGUGGGAUGAUAUUUUGAUUCAAUUGUCAGCGAAAAGAUUUUUUGUUUGUUGAUUUGUCAGUGGAGUUAGCUAUCAUUGAGAGUUUUUAGUCACUAGGUAACAUUUUUGAGAGUUUUUAGUCAGGUAACAUUUUUGCUUAUAUGUGUUGUAUAGAUACAAUUUUGGUAUGUCAGGAUGGAGAAGUACAAGUAAGAGUCUUGGAUUGGAAAUGGAAACAGAUUGGGAUUGGUGUUUGCAUUGAAGUUGUGUGAAAUUGUGAAUGAAGAGUCUUGGAUUUCUAUGAGAAAAUUGCAUUGCCUGUAGAAAAUAUUAGAUUGGUCUGUGUCACUUGCACAGAGAUUCAGAGCUCUUGUACGAAUACAACCACCUCCUCAUGCAUAUACAUGUUGAACCUUGUUACUGAUUGCAGGGUUUUUGAUGACUUAAUUGUGAAUACCGUCUGGAAAGUGUGUUACUGUCAUAAAUGCCUUGGAAAAUAAAGAUGGUGAACUUAGAUUCUGAAAGCUCUGUUUAGCGGCCUGACACUGCUGUCCAUGGUUUCACCCUCCAGAAGCUCAUGUUUGGUGCUGUGACAGUGUUUGAUGAUGAGUUGACAGAAGGAUAUGAGCUCAGGUCUGGUUUAGUUGGCAAGGCACAGGGGAUUUAUGUGGCAAGCUCAGAAGGUGGUAAAAACUCAGAUGAUAGUCUCCAUUUGUCUGAGGUUCAUAG